GCUUUAGGUGGGUUGCAACAUUUUGCAGAAUUCGGUCCCUGGAUUGGAUUUCGGCUGUUCUGGUUGAUGGUCCGUCCUGUUCUAAACCCGUAGUGAGACCUCGCAUUUUUUCUUUUUCCAGUUUUACUCUGUUCUGCUUAGGUCGCCGCAGCAGAUGACGUCCUCUAUGCUGGUUAUGGGGUUGUCGUUUUGUUUUCCAUAGCAAAAGAGGUAUGGCGCCGCGUUGGUGAUCUGUGGUGUGAUUUUGAGCUGGACUGUAUUGUUUCAAACUUUCCUCUUUUCUUUGAGGAUGCAUUUUUGACAAUUGGGCUCUGCUAUUGCAUUUCUUCCUCGCUCGAGAUUCUCUAAUUUCUAAUUUUUCAAGACUACGCCGAUUUUUGCAUAUAGCUGGAAUCGCUUUUCUCUGGUAUGGCUAUAGAGGCAUUCGGGGCAUGCGGACCCGCUCGCCACUAAACUUUCGACUAUGAAGGAUGCAAGGUUGGAAAAGAUGAUCCUCAAAUCUUAAGGAUCUGAUAAUUGGUGCAAUUCGUGUGCAGAAACUAUGGCCCUGGUGCAUGGCAUGCAGGCUGUGCUCUUUAGUCACAUUCGACAGCUUCAACCUCCACAUCAGUUUAUUGAUUCUAAUAGCAAUUUGAAGGACUUUUCCUGUAGAGUCUUUAGGGAUGAUCACAGCUUGGGCUCUCAGACUGAGCAAAUUAUUAGUUUUGAAGUGAGAAAACGAAGGGUUACUCGUGGGGCACAUCGUCUGAGGUUCCCCCAGCCGGACCCGGAAGGUCUGACGUAUCGCAGUGCAUACAGCAGGAGGAGGCAAAUACUACCUGCAGGUCCUGUGAAUUGUCUGCAAACAAGUCGAACGGAACAGUUGGAUGACAGGUCGGUUGAGGAAGAAACUGUAAAUUCUACAAUCGAAGUCAAAGAGGAUGUUGCAGAGACAGAUGAAUGGGCUGUUAAGAAGAGUUUGAGUGCACUGGAUGCCUACUUUGACAAACUCCAUGCGAGUAGAGGAGAAGAACCCUCAAGCUCUACACCAUAUUCGCAAGGAACAGUAAAUGGGGCUUCCGCAGCUGUGUCGCAAUCCAAAACCGGCAGUAGCGGGCCAGUUAUGGGCAGUCAGACUUCUCAAGAUUUCGGUGCAAGAAACGUGGUGAAGGAUCGUGUAGAAAGUGAUGAUAAAAAUAGUGCAGGUGGACUCAAUGCACUGGAUGCAUACUUCGACAAGCUACGGCCCCGUGAAUCUGAAAAAACUUCAACCUCCUACGAGAAUACAAAGAAUGUAGUGGAAGAGGACAAACCGACCAUAGGCAAAGACGAGAAAGAAGUAAGUAUCAAGGUUGUUAGUGAGUUGGACAUCACUGUAGGGGAGGAGGAGGAAGCAGAAUAUAGAGAAUUUAUGGAAGAGUUGGAGAAGGCCCUUCAGCAACAAGUGGAGUCGGGAAAACUUUUGUCCGCAGACGAUGACAACUUCAUGCAGGAAUCCUCUUGGGGCUUGCAAUCUGCCAAUUCGAAUUCUUAUGUUGUGAAUGGCUUGGUAGCUUUAAAUGUUGCAGUAUACUUAUUUGGUUUGGCUAGUCCACAAGAGGUGCCCGGUAUGGUAGAUGCCUCUCUUCCUUACCUGUAUGGAGCGAAAGUUAACGAGUUGAUUGUAAAUGGAGAGUGGUGGCGUCUAAUUACCCCAACGUUUCUGCAUUCAGGCUUUUUGCACUUAGGUUUGAGCACGUGGGCGUUGCUAGAAUUUGGACCAGCAGUUGGAAGUGCUUUUGGCACUUUAGGAUUUUCCGCGAUAUAUCUACUAGGCGGUUUGUAUGGUAAUCUUUUGAGCUUCUUCCACACGCCUCAAGGCACCGUUGGCGGCUCUGGUCCUAUUUUUGCCUUAAUGGCUGCUUGGGUGGUCUAUAUACUACGCAACCGAGAUAUUAUUGGUCUGGAUGUAGCUGGUGAAAUAAUUCGGAAAGUGGUCAUCUUUACUGCUAUCACUUAUGCAUUAUGUAACUCUUUCCCUGUUGACGAUUGGACCCAUCUGGGAGCAGCAAUAAGUGGAUUGAUCUUUGGCCUACUCACUUGUCCUCUGGUGCGAGUUAAUGUUCGUGUUGAAGACGUGAGUGACGAAAAUGACGAUGACGUAAUGGAGUCAUUUCUUCUUUUGAACGAGGGGAUCGAUCCAUAUCGGCUUCUUCUUGUGUUUGCCCUUGCUGUGGCGGUCUUUUCCGCUCUCUUCAGUGUGGGGGUGCCAUAUGCAACAGAGUAUCACUUUCUCCAUGGCGGCCUUGGUGAUGAGUAUUGGUAACUUUCUUCAUGUGCUUUUAUCAGGAAAGGACAUGAGUUGGCUGAGACCAAUUGCCGGGUGCCUUAAAAGCAAGCAGUCGUCCAUCACAACAGCAAUAGUUGUUGAAGAGUGCUCUUGAUGUCCAUACUGCACUAGAUAUCAAAUAUGGGUGAAGCCUUCCAACUCUAGGAAGUGCAAAUUUGGUGGAGUACAAGUUUACUCAAGCUUUGGGAUACAGUUGGUUCUGCUGUAAAGCUUUGAAUUGCCAACCAUCUAAGUAGCGGUAAAAGAAAAGCUUGGAUAGCACCAACAAUCGUUGUAACAUGAAAAUUCUAGUUGUCCAGCUUGUGAGCACGGUGGAUAUCGUGCAAUGUUCAGGACAAAGAAGGCGUGACGCCCACUCAAAAGUCUGAUAGCUAUUCCUGAUUUAUUUUUGGUGUGCAGGGAUAGUUUUAGUUUAAUGGGAUUAAGAUGUUUUUUUUAUCCUUUUGGAAAACAUGGUAAGCAUUAAUGUCAUAAAUUAUAUACUUGGUCUAUCUUUGAAAA